CGGAAACUUAGGCAAAAACUAUAACUAGGCGAAAGAAACGAUAUUAUCCAGAUUCUCGUAACAACAUGUGUCUCAAUAUUUCUGAGCUAUGAUGAUGAGCGGACUUCAUCAACUUUUUUAACAUCAUGAUACCUGCAAUAUGUUCAAUCUGCUCGGACUAUUUUGAGUCUGAUCAGACUGUUGUCUCCUGCCCUUGUGGACAUGUCUUCCAUGAGCACUGCUUGUUGCAGUGGCUGGAGAGCUCUACGACGUGCCCUCAAUGCAGACGUCAUACCACGUCUCGGAAGCUCAUAAGGUUGUUCUUCGAAGUACAGGAACCUGAGGAUGGAGAAGUGGAUGCAACCUCACUCAAGAAUGAAGUUGGUGAACUGCAAGCUGAAAUUUGCAGGAAGAAGAAGGAGAUUGCUGACUUGGUUGAAGAGAGCGCACAUAACAGCGAAAGGGUUGUAACGUUGAAUAAAAACAUCAAGAAAGUCACCAAGAAACUCUCAGAUGAACAGUCUACAAAUGAAGCACUGAAAAAACAACUUGAUGUAAUGAGUUUCAGAAUGGACGAGGCAAAAGAAGCCAAGCGAGAGGCCAAGAGGCUCAGGGAGAAACUCAAAUUUUUGGAGCGAUUUGAGCUUGUAAUGUCCAUGAAUGCUGACAUGGUGGACAAUAUGCUGCGGGAGUUUGGAGAAGGACCCAAAUCAGCAAGAGAGCUAGCUACAUACUGUGCGUCUUUGAAAAGAGAAUUUGAGAACAUUAAGGACUCAAGAAAGCAGCUGAAGGAGGAGAACAGUAGUUUAAGGAAAGACCUGAACCAAAAAACAAGAGUGCUUGACAUCAAGUCUAAAGAUUUGGAAGCCGUUCAGCAUUCUCUCGUGUCAUUACAAGAUGACGUCCAGAGCUUAGAGAAGGAGAAGAAAGAACUCAAAGAGCGCAAUGAGAUCUUACAAGCAGCCCUCAACUCACCCUUGGAUGGUGCCAAGUCAGCAUCCCUCAAACAAGUCUUUACGCCCAGUAACAUGACCAAGAAGCCGAGACUGAGCGGCCCUGAUGAGAAUGAGGAUGACAGCAUUGUCCUUGUAGAACCGGGGAACCCUGAUACACCAGACAUCAUUGCACCUAGUCCAAGCUUAGAAGCACGGAACACCUGCAGGGAGUUGGGCAUCCGUUUUGUGAAAACUACCUCACUGGCUUCCAAGAUGAAGAGGCCUGAAAAUAGUGUGUCAGAAUCAUCUAUAUGGAAGAACACAUUAGCUUCAUCUAGUCUCUUCAACAAGAGAAGAGCCCUCUCAGGUCGCAACGAGAGCAGUCUCAGGAAAGGUUAUGAUGGCAUGGGCGGCCAUGAUAGAUUUAUUGACACUGAACCCAUUAUCAUCAGACCAAACAUGAAGAAAGCACCUCGAGGAGUAAAGAGGAAACCUUCAGGGAAACCGUGUUCACAACCGCUACCGACGUUGGACAGGUUCUUACCCUCUUGAACAACUCUCAAGGUUUUGCUCCAUUGAGAGGGGUUCCUCAAGAAAACUCAAGGAUGUGUGCAGAGUGUGUCAAAGAAACAGUGUCCACACCUAUUCACAAGUUCUUUUGAAGAGGAUCUCUUUGAUAGGACAUUGAAAGGUGAUCAUCAAGAAUGCUGAAGGAUGUGUCCAGAAGAUGUUUAAGGAACUGUGUCCUUCUCAUUUCCCAACUUCCUUUGAUGAAUUUUACCCUUGUUCAUACAUGUAGACAGACACAUUAUCAGCUUGUGAUAUGGAGGAUCCACGAAGGAAUCAUCCUUUCAAAGAGACUUCCAAGAACCUUUAAAUAGCUUUGAAGUAAACGUCUGAGGAUGUGUGAAGGAGACUUCCAAGAUAGAUACUUUGAAAGAAACAUUCUACAUUGUUCUUUGGGAAAUAUUGGAAGAAACUUCACAGGAACUUUAACAGGGACUUCCAACAACCUUCAACAAACUUUUGAGGAAACAUGUGAGGAAGUUGGAAGGAAACAUGCAAAGAACUGUGGAGGAAACUUCUGAGAUCGUUCAAAGAAACUUGUUGAAAGAUUUAAUGGAACUUCAUCAGAAAUUACUAGGAUACUUCAAUGAACCCUGUAAGUAUUCAAGGGACAUCUCAGGAAUUUGUAAGGAAACUUUUAAAGAGAUUUCUAAGAAACCUUGGAGGGUACAUAGAGAACUUGGGAGGAAAUGUCCAAGGAACUUUACAUAGAUAGAAACUGUCAUAGAAUUGCAUCGGUUACAUUUUCCAAACUCGGGCAUUUUUCUUUUUCCACCAGUGGUCGUAUCACUACUUAUGAAAGAAAAA